AUGGCUGCGAAAGAUUACUCGUCUGAUUCAGAGGGACAUGGCGCAGACGUCACUACCACUGCUGUUCAUGACUCUCCUUUUGAGGUGCCUCAAGACCCUGAUCAGUCGAUGCAAGUUGAUGAUCUUGCAGGUGUCGACAUCCCUUCCGACAUUCAGGAAAACCUAGAGGGCAGAGACAUUCAGGGAUACCUGGAGUCCUUGAACCGAUCGCCAACGACCGAGAUCUCCAGCUCAUCGGAUGCAGAAGUUCCAGAAGCUCCGGAUGUCGACACUAUAAGGCUUUCAGCCGGUCCUCGCAUGUGGAUCCACAGAGGAAGAAGCAACCUCGCCGUCAGCCUCCAACAGUUACGCAUGGGUGGAGCAUUGGAAGCUUUACUUGCACAGGAUGAUGUAGAACCUGAGGAGACGGGCAGUCACAGCAUGGCAUCGGAUCACUACCCUGCGGCAACACCAAGGCUACACAUGAGUGACCAGAGCCUUGAAACCGAACAUCACAUCGAAAGGGACGCAAUCGGCGGGGCAGUAUCAGUAAAGCUCGUCAGUUGGUCCGAGCCUUUGAAGGUUACGGCGAACCACCCAGACGUGGUUGAACGUAACGCCAGGUACCUUGGACGGCUGUAUCACGAGGCCAAAAUCAAGGAACCACCCAUCAUGGAGUGGACCUUUUUAGCCAAUGCGAUGCAAGCAUACACAGGCGACAAGGAAACAUUGUUUUCGCAUGUUGUAUGCAUGGAAUCCAAGCAACACAUGUUCUGGAGUCACUACCUCCGAGAGCCCUUCAGCACCAAGGCCGGGGAUUCAGCUGUGCAUCGGUACACCCUGCAUUUCGGACACGGCACCAAUACUGCGGGGGUCGAGGGAAUCAUGAAUAGUUGCUAUCUUGCCCCAGCAACGAUUGCAGACGGGGCGGGGGCUGUGGGACACUACAGCCAAGCUUCACCAUGGGGAGACUCUGACAGCCUGAAGGCGGUCCUUGACCGAGUUGUGCAGUCUGGUAAGUGGCAGUGUCCCCUGAUGGUUCAUGGUUUCGUGAUGACACCCGCUGCACACCAUGUCAUGGAAUCGGGAGGUGGCUCAGAGGCACAGCAAGCUUGCAUGAUCCAUGCAGCAGUCCACUUCAAAAGGGAUAAGAAGUGGCUCUUACAUUCGGCACUCGCUAAAGGCGAGCCGCCCUCCGUUGUCACAGUCAUUGUGACCAAACGAUCAGAGCCGCAUCCACUUUUGCAAAACUUCGAGGCCGUUACCAGUGUUACUUCAGCGACGCACCAUGGCACGACAGGGACCGAGGAGGAAUCCCUUGAGCUUCCGCGGAACUGGAGAUCGAGCCCCACCGAGUACGAUACCAAUCGAGAGUAUGGUUUGAACUUACCUCGUCAGGUGAUCUCCAACAAAUUCACUCGAGAUUUACAGAUUGAUGGCAUGGAUAUCUUCGAAGUGCGACUCGCUCAGGUGAUGACAGGAGGCCUGAACAACUGGGGUCUCAGGUCCUUGGCCAAUGGGCGACAUACAGUCUGGGAGUCGUUCAAGUCCAGACAGGAGGCCAUUACCGCAGGGACCUUGAUGCGAGCUUUGAGAGGAGAGAACUCCACUCACUACAGUGGCGCGGAUCUUAAUUCUAUUCUGACACACAUGACCAAGAACAUGUUCCCAGGGCAAGAUCCAUACCUGUGGGACAACCGGUACAUGGCCAUCAAGGAAUUGGCCAAGGAACUCGCUAAGGUGGUGGCUCAGAAGGGACCUUCAGCAGCCAAUCAGUCCAUGUUACAGCAGAUUCAAGAGCUUCAUCGAGAGAAUGCCAGGUUGAAGAGUGGGAAGGAACCAGCACCCAGUUCGACGAUCCCGGCUAGCCCAGCACAUACACCACCCCCCAAAGGUGUUCGCACUCCCAAAGGACCACCAGAAGAGUUUGCAUUAGGGGAUGAACAUGAAGGUAACGACGAGCUCGUCACACUUCCCGGUAGCCCAGACUAUCAUCCUGAGGAUUAUGAAGAUGCCGACCAUGCUGACCCGUUGGAAACAGUACAGCAGUUUGAGCGCACUACUCAAACACGGUUUCUCGAGGAAUGCAAGGUUGACAACUACAAGGUGAACACCAUCAACAACUGGGUGUCUCAACGUGUCGGGAAGGAAAAGAUGAAGCAGGUUCGCCUUGCAGGUUCGGAAUUGGCAGCAGCCAUCGAACGACUCCCAGCGGGCAAUCGCCCGGCCAUUGAUGCCAUCGCACUCCAAUGGGGACUUCCAGUCAGUGCUGCUGCCAAGAUCAAUGAACGAUCGUUGUACCAGUUGAUUGCCACAUGCCAUGUGUUAGGACAGGAGUGA